CUCUUCUAGCACAUGAUGUUGAGUAUGCUAGUGUACGUGAGCUGUGGCCUGUCAUUCCUCAGUACACAGAAGACUUACAGAAGGAUGGGGCGCGGGCUGGGGAGUGCCCGCUUCAGGGACCAGGUGGUGGGGUUGGGCUGCCUGUGGGAGGCGUGGACGGAGGCGGAGCAGGUGGUGGUGGUGUACUCCCUCAUCCGACGCCUGCCCUCCGUCCCCGCCCGAUUCCUGCUCAACCUCCUCACCCACGCCGCCGCCAGCGACCCCGCCCACGACCUCACCCACGCAGAGGCCACCGCUAACGACCCAGCGUGGGUGAGUCAGCUGGCGGAGAGCAAGGACUCGGGCGCCGCGGACCUGCUCUACCACCUGCCACUCCUGCGACCCUCCAACACUGAGGCCAAGAUGCAGUACCUGUCGCUCAUCCCCAAGGUACUGGCACAGGCUGUGGCCUCAGCAGGCAGCCAACAGUCGACUGCCUUGGAAAAUGCCCGGCAGCUACUUAGCUACACCCUCAUCCACCCAGCUGUCACUGUGGAGGAGCGCCGGGCCCUCACCCACUGGCUGCGCACCCUUGAGGAACGUCUGGCUGAUCACCACCGCCGACCACCGCCACCCCCACCCACUCACACUCACCCCCACCCCCCUGACCCACUCCCACCCACACUGCCACUAACUUGGGUCAGCUUCCCUAAGCUAUCUUCUGUGCAGCCUAGUGCAGGGCACAAAUAUGCAUAUACAAGGUCCUUCUGGUCUCUUGCAAGGAUUAACAAAGGCUUUCCCUCCACUAUCACCACCACUGCUACCACCACCACCACCACCACUAGCAGCAGCAAUAAUAACAACAGUAGCAGCAGUCACAGCCUUAGUCACAGUGGGACAAGUCUUGGCCCCUCCAAGUCCCGCUGGACCAGUGACACUCCAGUGGUGCUUCCACCAGACACUGGGCAGACCAAGACCCUCUGGUCACCUGCUCUUGCUCCCUGGGAUGAUGUGGGUUGGUGUGGGAGUGUGGGAAUUACUGGACUAGUGGGAGGAGCUCCCAGUGAAGCUCCACAGUCCCCGAACAACUCGGCUACCUCCUCGCGCUCCUCUGGGUGUGAAUCCAACCCUGAGGAGGCCUGCCAGCCCCACCCUGGCAUGAGAGAUGUAGGUGUGUGGCUCAAGUCACUGCGACUGCAUAAAUAUUCUCCACUGCUGUGCAACCUGACCUAUGAGGAGCUGCUGGCACUGGAUGAGGCCACACUGGAGGCCCAGGGAGUGACCAAGGGAGCUAGACACAAAAUUGUCCUCUCCAUCAACAAACUGAAGGAGCGGCACACUCAGCUAGUCCAGAUUGAGAAGGAGGUGAUGAGUGGAGGUCACCUGCUGUCCUGCCUCAAUGAACUCAAAGCCAUCAUCUUGACCCCGUUCCCCCCAUACAACCCUCCAGGAGAUGCUUCAUCCCAUCUCCACCAUCUUAGCCAACAACAGCAACAAGCAAAUGACUCCACUACCUUGGACUGUACCACAAUACCCCCCUCCUCUGCCACCACAACCACUAUUACCACCACUACCACUGCCCUAUCCCUCCCAGUCUCCUCUUCAUCAUCUGCUAGUGUUCCUUCAUCCUUCCCUUCCUCCUCUGCUACUGCAACACCCUCCACCACCUCCUCCCUCUCUACUUCCAACUCCUCCUCUAUGUGUUCCUUGCGGGGAGAGGAGAGAGAGCUUCUGAAGGAGGAAGCCCCAAGACCAUCCUCACUGGAGUCAGAGAGUGGCAAUUCAAUUGCAGAGAAUGACCUCCCGUCCCAAUUCACCCGGGUCAUGGGCAAAGUGUGCACUCAGCUACUGGUGAGUGUCAGGCUGGAGGAUGAGUGUGUGAGUGCUUUCCUGGGUCUGGUGGAGAAGUGUGUCAGCCACGAGGCCUUCACUCCCACCCAGAUCAGGCGGCUACAGUCAUGGAAGCAACAGAUUAUCCGUGUUUGGCACCCGUUGCCCCCAAAGACCAAGGAUACUCGCCAUAACCGCAGGUGGAGUCAGCAGUACAGCGGUGAUGGUUUCUUGGGUGGAUCCUUCAGAGUGCCUAGGGUGGGUGGGCAGCGCCAUGCACACCUUCCCACGGGGCUCCUAGUGGGGGGCAAGGCCUUUCCUCCACACCAGCCCCAUCAGCUCUUCCCUCUCCCACCGGCUGCUGCUGCUGCUGCUGCUGCUGCCAGCUUAGGGGGCUUAAUGAGUCCACGGAACAGCCUUCCAGGCCUUCCUUCUCUUGGAGUGGGAGGUCUUCUGUCACCUCAGCAGUUCCUUGCCAAACGGCCCUCACUACAGGAGACACCCUCAGAGCUGAGGCCUCACAUCACUCUGCAGCGGACGAGAUCUGCUCCCUCUCGGCCCCAUCAGCUGCCUCUGUCUGGUCCCACUCGUUCUGGCCCCAUCCCACCACCUGCACCCACUACUGUUCCCUCCACCUCCCUUGCCUUGGGCACUGGCGGCUGUGCAGACCUGCGUCUCCCUGGAGGAUCGGGGACCAUUCUGGAGCCGCACUUCUCCCCUCGGGCAUCAUUUUCUCACCUUGGGCCGCCUCCUUCCUCACCUGACCCGGCCGAUAAUGACAUCACCGACCGCCUUGAAUCCUUGUGUCUGUCAGUGACAGAACAUGCGUUGGGCUGAGUGUGUCUAUGCCACAUCCAAAUGCUUUCCAUCCUGCUGUGACAUUAAUGUCAAUGCUUCCAGGGAUGAGGUUGUUUUAGUGAUGCACACACACAGUAUUAACAAGUGUGAGGAAUCCCACCAGCCUAGCAGAGGCAAUUACUCACAUCAAAUGUGCACUUGAUUAUUUGUUCCACAUAACCAUCCACAUAUCAUAUUUAUUCAGAUAGUAUCAUGAAGUUGCCUUUUUUUUCUUUAUCAAGGCCACACCACCAUAGCCCCACACCCUCCGUUGUCACAGAUGACAGGAGCAGCAAAACCCGGCAGCUGCGAUACCAUGUGGAUGGAGCUCUUGUAAGUGGCUGUGUGCACCACAGUCACCACACUGCUAUCCCACCACGUGCCUGCUGCACUGUUGACCCACCCAGGAGCUAUGUAAUAAAGCAUAUCCUUUGCUGUGCAGGGAUGCCACGCCCAGCUGUGCUCGGUAAUGGCUUAGAUAAUCUCCUGUGUGGCUCUUAGCAGCCAGUGUUCACUAGGAUGGAGAGGGAGAGGAAGAGGGACAAAUGAGGAAAGCUGAAGCUUUCCAAUCCCUCUCAUCUUCCUCCCAAAAUUUCUGGUCCUAGACAAACACCCAUACUGCUGUAUAUAUGUGUGUGUGUGUGUGUGUGUGUGUGUGUGUGUGUGUGUGUGUGUGUGUGUGUGUGUGUGCGCACACAUGUGCGUGCAUACAGAGAUGGCACCAUAAGGAACAGAUGCACCCUCUGAUAGAGCAAGUGCCCCAGAAAACCACUUUUGUUUCCCAAAUAAAAAAAAAGUAUGAGGUAAUUUCAGAACCAUAAUAUAAAAGUGGGAAUUGGCAUUAUCCACACAGGCACUGGGACUUCACAUGAGAACAGAUCAUAAACACUGGGGAAAAAAGCUGGUUGUGUUCUCCACUUGGUCAGACAGCAGUGACCUUCACAAACAAACCUCAAUGCAGGUGACCGCAGGCGGCACCCUUCGACUUGAUUUAUUUAACAGACUAUCAAGGUGCCUAGAGGAAAGAAAGCCAAUUUGAUGAUGGUCUUGAAAUUGGGCAACUACUGCUAACCAUAGACACAGAUAUGAAUGUAUAAAUGUGGGGGGAAGAAAUGAAAUGCUCAGGCAACUAUACCAGUUGCUUUUAUGAUAAAAAGAAAAAAAAAAGAAAAAGAAAAAAAGAAAAAAAAUCUUUCCAUAUCAUUCAGCUUUCUGAUUGGUCUUGCAGUUCUCCAAUAGGCAUGAAAUACUCCCCUCAGAAUAUAUAUUUGAAGAAUAAUUCUCUUGGAUGUGCAUUUUUGCUAUAGGCUCUUAACACCAAUGAUAAUGCUGAACAUGUCUCAGAGAUAUCAUAGCUCAGAUAGCAUAAGAUGUGGUUCUGAUUGCUGCUUCUUUAACAUUCAGUAGACACUUGUAUCAAGCCUGCAGACCAUUGGCUGUGGUAAUAUGAAAAUAGAAGAUAUAUAUUAGACAUGAUACUUAUUGAUCUAUGAUAUAAAAUGGAUCUUACUCAUUAACCUCUGGUAAAAUUUACCCUUGUUUGAAGGAAAGUCAUGAAUUUGCCACUGUGUGUGUGUGUGUGUGUGUGUGUGUGUGUGUGUGUGUGUGUGUGUGUGUGUGUGUGUGUGUGUGUGUGUGUUGAGCUGCUCACUCCAGCUUGGCUUGGGAGUGAGUACCAGCACAAGAAGCUACUGGAGGCAUUAUACAACCCUCAUGCCGAAUGCUUUUUCAUUGACUGUAUUUAAGUCUGUAUCUGCUGUAAAUAUGUAGCUUGUAAAAGUUUGAGUGGAGACCGUCUCUCUUGUGUGUAAGACUUCCUAACACUCACAAGACACCAAAAUAUAACAGAAUAUCUAGUGUGAUAGUCCCAAGACAUUGUACACUGUUAUGUUUAGUUAUUAAAAUUACCUCAUACAAGCA